AUGGAUACAAACGGAGGGGGUUGGACACUAGUUUAUUCUUACACAUUUACAAAUUAUGAUGACUUCUUCGAAUACAGCAAUGCCGUAACCCCCCGGCCAGCAUGGUCUGCUCCAGAUGCUGAUGUUGAGAUCUCUAAUGUUGCUCCGUUGAAUGAAACAGCAUUAGGAGCCAUGGGUUUUGAACUCUGGCAAAAUAUUGGAGAGGAAUUCUUAAUCAAGUCAAAUAUUAACGACUGGAUUGUUUGUGAACCGGAUGGUGGAAGCUUAGUCCGUGAAGUCGAUGGAUCUCUAUCGUGCAUAAAUAUCAAGAAUGUCGCGACGGCAUGUGAAGGAGUUGAACCAUAUCGUAUUUCCUGGCAAAGUACUUGUGGACCACGCAUAUAUGCAUCCACCUCAUUUUAUCGAUUUGAUGGAUCAAAGGAGAAUUGCUAUCCUUCACACGACCCGUGUAACUCAGGAUAUACUGACAACCACAAAAAAAACGUCCUUAACCCUGGUGGAAAAAUAUUUCUUAGAUAA